CUAGAUCCUUCCGGAAUGUGCAGGUUUGUGGAACAAAAAAUGGGCUCAAAAUCGGUGGAUGAAGUGAUUGAUGAUGCUGCUGCUGCUGCUGCUGCCGGGGUCCAUUAUUCAGAACUACGUCUGGAAGAGUUGAAUAUCCAAGGCUCCAUGUUGGGAGAGGAACAGCCAACGACAUCAGGAUUGGAGAAUGGGCUCAAGGAGCCAUUUGUUAUUGGUGUUGCUGGGGGUGCAUCUUCUGGUAAAAGUACUGUAUGCGAAAUGAUCAUCGACCAGCUACGUGAUCAGCGUGUAGUUGUUGUUACUCAGGAAUCCUUUUAUUAUGGACUGUCUGAUGAGGAAUUGGUCCAUGUUCAUGAUUAUAACUUCGAUCAUCCAGAUGCAUUUGAUACGGAGCUACUACUCUCUUGUAUGGAAAAAUUAAAACAGAGCAAUGCUGUUGACAUUCCUAACUACAACUUCAAAACAUAUAAAAGUAUUCCAAGUGCAAGGAAGGUUAAUCCAUCUGAUGUAAUUAUUUUGGAAGGAAUUCUAGUUUUCCAUGAUUCACGUGUCCGAGACUUGAUGAACAUGAAGAUCUUUGUUGAUACAGAUGCUGAUGUGCGAUUAGCAAGGAGAAUCUUUCGUGAUACCAUCCAGAAGGGUAGAGAUAUCAAAAGCGUGUUAGAUCAGUACUCAAAGUUUGUCAAGCCUGCUUUUGAAGAUUUCAUCCUCCCAACAAAGAAAUAUGCUGAUGUUAUCAUCCCACGAGGUGGAGAUAACAACGUGGCAAUCGACCUGAUCGUUCAGCAUAUUCGUACUAAGCUUGGUCAAAAUGAUCUCUGUAAAGUGCACCCAAAUUUGUAUGUCAUUCAGACUACUUACCAGAUACGAGGCAUGCACACAAUAAUACGUGAUGCUGCCACAGCAACAGAUGAUUUCAUAUUUUAUGCUGAUCGGUUGAUUCGGCUGGUUGUUGAGCAUGGUCUUGGUCAUCUUCCUUUCAAGGAAAAGCAAGUCAUAACCCCAACUAAGACUGUUUACCCUGGUGUGGAGUUCUCAAAGAGAUUGUGUGGUAUAUCAGUGAUUAGGAGUGGCGAGAGUAUGGAGAAUGCACUGCGGGCAUGUUGUAAAGGUAUAAAGAUUGGGAAGAUUCUUAUUCACAGAGAAGGAGAUAAUGGGCAGCAGCUCAUCUAUCAUAAUUUACCAAAAGACAUUGCAAACAGGCAUGUUCUAUUGCUGGACCCCAUAUUAGGAACAGGGAACUCAGCUGUUCAGGCUAUCUCUCUUCUCCUGAAGAAGGGUGUACAGGAAGCAAAUAUUAUAUUCCUUAAUCUUAUAUCAGCUCCCCAAGGAGUGCAUGUGGUGAGCAGGAGAUUCCCAAGAGUAAAGAUUGUGACCUCGGAGAUUGAGUUUGGUUUAAAUGAUGAUUUCCGUGUGGUGCCUGGAAUGGGCGAGUUUGGAGAUAGAUACUUUGGGACAGAUGAUUACCAGUCCUCAACGCCAUUCUUUUCCGAUGAUAAAAAUCGUGUCAGUCUUCUGUGAGAAUCGGCCAGACAAGCCAAUUACCACCUGGGGCAUUACCUCCAAUCCUUUUUAGGUAUUCAUUUUAGCAUCCUAGACUCACAAUUGCCAUAUCAAUGUAUCCAUCAUCAGAAACCAUUAUGCUGGUGCCUCGCGGACCAAAUUGUGUCUUACCAUAGUAAAGCAAAUUCCAUUCUUUUUUUUUUUUUUGGGCGCCAGAGAGCCUCCUGCGCUCUCUUACCAAAGAGAAGUCCCUUCUCCGGCAGCAGAGAGAACAAUCCUGGCCAGAAGCAAAAAUACAUUCCAGCUACAUGCGCAGAUGGGAUGCAAUGCAAGUACUAUUAUUUUUAUAGAUUCUUUCAUGUAUUUUUUUUAAAUAAUCAAGCAUUAUACACUGGUGAAAUAAGUCUGCAUAUCACAUGCGGUUUUAGCAGACCAGCUUGAGUUACCCAGCAACAGAUCCCGGUGGAAUUGCAAUAAUGGUUCUGCUUGUUUACAUCUAGUCUAGUUUCUGAAAGAUGGUCACACUAGCUCUCUGAAACUCAUCCAGACAACAGUAAAGCUAGAAGAGAAAAAAAUAGAAGAAACCCAGCUAAUAGUCCAAGCAAAGAUUUGUCAACCCUACAUAUAUCUUUAUUUGUGCUUGAUAUAUUGCUUGGAAACUGAUGGUAUGGUAUCGAUACAAGAUCACAAGCUUCAUGGCGUACUCGUGCAGUCCAGGAAAAUGUCACAACAGGGGAACUGGCAUGUUAUCACUUAUCAGAGCAUAAAAUUAAUUUUUGGAGCAUUGGAUUAGCAUAAACAUCA